AUGUGUUUUCUCAAUUUUGGUAAGACUAGCGCUGCUGUAGAUGAGCUACGGGCUAAAAUUACUGAGAAUCUUCAGCAAAUCUCGGAAAGUAUUUCAGAUAUGUUCCAGGAUCAAGAGCUCCAGAAACAUGAAACAAUCGACGCCCUAAGCAAACUUGCGCAAACCAUGGAACGCUUGGAAGAACGCGAAGCUAUAAUAAAUUCCACGCUGCGAGAGAUGGAAUCUAUGAGACAAGAGCAUGGGUCUCAGGACGUCAAAAUACAGAACAUGAUCCUCACAUCGGAGCGGGAUACGCUCCUCGAUGGGCUCGAAAGCACGCGCUCACAGCUGACGGAUGCGAAACGAGCAGAGGAAAGCUACCGUGAAAAAUUUGCAGACACGAAAACGUCAUUGAAGGUUCUCCAGGCACGUUUUGACACCCAAUGCAUCGCCCUCGAGCUUGCCGAAAAAAGUGUCAGCGAGGCUCGGGUAAUCUUCCGUUUUCUUUGCAGGUUUGUGCUAAGCUUACCAAUUCUAUGGGAACCCCCACACUCCACAAUUUUGACUCCAAAGAAGAUUUACAAUGAAUCGAUUAGCCAUGUCAACGUUCUUGAGGAGCGCGAAAGAUCGUUGCAGCGGGGGCUUGAUGAAGCCAACUCCGCAACAGCCGCUGAACGGGACUUUGUUUGCAGCCUUCAGAAGAAGCUUUCAGACUGCCAAAAAGACCUUCCUCAACUGCAAGACAUUCAAAGAGUUGUGGAGCAGAUUGCGGAGCAACGUCCUCAUGAUACUGAGCUACAGAUCCAAGAGCUAAAACGUGAAAUAGGCUCUCAGCAUGGCGAGCUGUGUGACAAGGAUGAGGUUAUAUUAAAGCUGACCCAGACUACUCUUGAUCAAGACCCGCAACUUCUUCAAAGAUCUAUGAACAUCACCGUCUGCCAUAAACAGAGAGACCUGAACGAUGACGAAUGGACACUGGUCAAGAGCCUUGCUGAAGAAGCCACAAAAGUGUUUGGCUGCACAAUAGCGGAAAAGGAUAACAAUAUUAGAAUAAGAAACGACCUCAUCGAGACACUUCAAGCUAGGGUACGAGGUCUAGAAGCAUCUUUAGCCAAUCGUAUAGGAGCUUCACCAUCCGGAAGCUCGAGAGACAGUAAGCAAGAUGAAUCGCCCUGUAAUGAUCCUCCGUAUGAACCUCCGACCGCCCGAACUACUAGCGCACUUGGAUCCCGCGUGCCAGCGAAGCGCAUGAACUCCCUCGAUGAAGAUUCAGUGAGACCAGCAAACCGACCGGUCCCUGGGAAGUCCAUCCAACAAAAAUACGAACGAGGAAAAGUUCACAUGGAUUGCUUCUUCUUUUUAUCGUUCGACUCAUCUUGGGUGAACCGAAUGCUUGUUUUGCAAGUCCCUUAUUCCACAUUUGCAAAUAACGAUGAGCUAUCGGCACCGGCGCCGUCCAGCGCCCGCUGA